CCUUCUCUCUCGCGUCUGUUGCUUGUCCAGCUCGAUUUCUUCUGAUCAGCUAAGUAUUUUUCCUAUUUUCUUUGGGUUUGUUUAGGUUUUUCCCCUUUUCAAUUUCUUCGCUUCUUUUCUAGAUUUGUUCGUUUGGUUUAAAUCUAGGGUUAGGAUAAAUGAUUAUAGGGUUUCGAUUACAGAAUCUAUGAGCUACGCAAUCCUCAUGCGUCGCAUCCGAAUUCUCCACUCGUUCUCAGUUGUGUUUCUGUACUGGUUCUAUGUCUUCUCAUGAACUCGAUACGUCAUUGAACCUCAUUUGUUCAUCUUGAACACUAAUAUAAUAUAGAGAAUUCUCCGCCAAUUUGAAAAAUCAUUGUUUGGUUCGGUUGAAUAAAUAAACCUCUAAAAAAUUUUCUGGGAAAUUUGGGGAAAAUGUCAGCGAUGCAACAGCAAUUGGGCUCUGCCCCCAAUUGGGGUGAACCGAAAAUUGCGGUGAUUGAUGAUAGGAAGAGGAAGAGGAUGCAGUCGAAUCGGGAAUCCGCGAAGCGGUCACGGAUAAGGAAGCAGCAGCAUUUGGACGAUCUGUUGAGCAAAGCAGCGCAGCUGCAGAAGGAGAACGGACAGAUCGCGGAAAGGAUCGACAAGACUACAGAGCUGUACAUCAAAAUUGCGUCGGACAACAAUGUUUUGAAUGCUCAAAUUGUGGAAUUGACCGACAGAUUGCAGUCACUGAACUCGGUUCUUCAGAUAGUGGAGGAGGUUAAUGGCCUCGCCGUCGACAUCCCUGAAAUGCCCGAUGAUCUGCUGGAACCAUGGCAACUCCCCUGCCCUAUGCCGAUAAUGUACCCUGCAAACAUGUUUCAGUGCUGAAUGAUCUCAUAGCGUCAGAAGUCUCUCUGUUGGUUGUUUUUCGUUUGUUUGAUGUGGUCUUUGCUUUAGGUGUGUUGGUUAAGUCUCUUUUGGUGUGUUCAACUUCUUUCAGUUCUCUGUUUAUAUGUAAAAGCUUGACAUUUCUAGCGUAUGGGCUGUCAUUCAUGUCCCAUUGAUUAUCAGGUUUGGUGGUUGAUAUGUGGUUGGAAAGCCAAUUUUCAUGGUAGGUAAAUGGUUGUAUCAUCUAUGGAAUGGGAAUGGGAAUGGAAAUGAGGAGAGGAAUUAAAAUCAGGGAUUUGGUUUUUAAA